AUGUCGUGCCGCCCUAUUUCGAAUGUUGAUAUGCCGGACCCUUGGGUUCUCGCAGCGAAUGGCCAGUACUACCUGACCUUUACGCUGGGUGACCGCAUUGAGAUCUGGGCCUCGAACAACAUCGAGGACUUCCACCAGCCGCAAAAGAGCCUGGUGUGGCGUCCCGAUGGCUCGGGGUGGGCGCCUGGUAUCUGGGCGCCGGAGCUGCACCAGCUGAACGGUGCAUGGUACAUUUACUUCAGUGGUGAGAAGCCGGGCCAGGGCCCCGCGUCGCACCGCACGCUUGUGCUGCGCUCGCAGAACCCAGACCCUAUGGACCCGAGCGGCUGGCAGUUCCUGGGCCCCCUCCAGGGUGUGCCGGACCACUGGGCGAUUGAUGCGACCGUGUUCACGCUGCAGGGUCAGCUGUACUGCUGCUACUCCGGCUGGCCCAUCGGUGACAACUCCGACACCGAGCAGGACCUGUUCCUCGUCAAGCUCGCGUCGCCGACGGAGGCGAUUCCCGACACGCUGAUCACCAUCUCGAAGCCGACCGAGCAUUGGGAGCGCCCUGACGGCGGCAAGCGCGGCGUGAACGAGGGCCCAUCGUUUGUCGAAUUCUCCGGCUUCCGCGGUAUUGUGUACAGUGCGCAUGGCAGCUGGACAUGCGACUACAAGCUGGGUCUCCUGGCGCUCGUGGGCAACGACCCACUGAACCCCCAGUCGUGGAAGAAGCGCUCGGCGCCGCUGCUCAUGAGCGAGCGCUCCAAGGGCGGCCCCUACGGUCCCGGCCAUGCGUCGUUUGUGCCGACGAGCGACGGGCGCGUCCUGUGCAUGUUCCACUGCACACCGAAGGUCGACGACGGAUGGGACAACCGGAAGGCGCGUGUCAUGUGCCUGCAGGCACAGGACUUUGACCUGAAUGCGUCGCACUGCUGCUGUGCUACAGCUUCUUCACUCCACAUGAAGGCCAUCCGGUUUCACCAGCCUGGCGAUCUCGACGUGAUUGUGUGCGACACGGUGCCGGCGCCCGAGUGCGGCCCCGAUGACGUGCUCAUCAAGCCUGAGAUCGCAGGUGUCAACUUUAUUGACACCUACUUCCGCUCGGGCCUGUACCCCGCUGAGCUCCCGAUGACCCUCGGGCAGGAGUGUGGCGGCCGCGUCGUUGAGGUCGGCGCCCAUGUCACGGACCUGGCCGAGGGCGACCGCGUUGUGGCGCUAACGACGGGUUCGUUUGCGGAGCGCAUCCUCGUCGAGCGUCGGCGGGUCGUCAAGCUGCCCGUUGAGAUCGAUACCCGCACCGCCACCGCGGCGCUGACGCAGGGCCUAACGGCGCUGACGCUGGCGCACGCGGCGUACGCGGUCCAGCGGGACGACUGGGUGCUCGUUCAUGCGGCGGCCGGUGGCACUGGCCUCCUGCUCGUGCAGAUCGCGACGCACCUGGGCGCCAAAGUGAUCGGUACUACAUCUACGCGGGAGAAGGCUGAGCUGGUCAAGCGCCACGGCGCUGCGCAUGUCUUUCUGUACGACGACGACCUUGUGGCGCGUGUGAACGAGGUGACGGGCGGCACAGGCGUGCAUGUUGUGUACGACUCGGUCGGCAAGUCGACGUUCGACCGCGACUUUGAGCUGAUUGCGCGUCUCGGCACGCUCGUGAGCUUUGGACAGUCGAGUGGCGUGCCAGAGCCCGUGUCCCUGCACCGCCUGUCCUCGAAGAACAUCAAGCUCCUGCGCCCAAGUCUCUACAACUACCUGGCGACACAGGCCGAGAUGGAGCACUAUACGGGCCUCCUACUGGACAUGCUGAAGCACGAGACGCUGCAUGUGAAUGUGUGGCGCGAGUAUGUGCUGAGCGCCGAGGGCGUGCAGACGGCGCAGCGUGACCUGCUGAGCCGUCGAACGACGGGCAAGCUGCUUAUGCGUGUGCUACCGAGCGUGGAAGAUAGCUAG